GAAGAUUUCUGCUGCUGGAGAGUGAGUGUGUGUGUGUGUGUGUGUGUGUGUGUGUGUCACGCUGACCUAGCCGUUUAUUGUAUCCUGGGGUUACUGUGUGAUUUGCCUGGGUGUCUGCCACUUAGCCUCAGUGGCUUUGCGGUUGUGAGUGUGUGACUGUGUGAUGGUGCCAUUCUGGUGUACAUCUUACCGUCACCAUGGAAAUGAAGGCCCUCCUGGGGAGAAUUCUGAGCAGCUGGAAGGUGUGACAGGCUGCUCUGGAAAUCUGUGACUCUGUUUCAUUGUAAUGACUUUCCUACUUGAUAAAAUAGCAUGUUAAUAGCACUUGCCUGGGUGUUAAUGGAGGAUGAAACAGGGUGACAUAGCUGAAACACCCUGCACAGAGCUUGUCACAUACUAAUCACCGAGUUAAGGUGUUGGUUAUAGUGCUGGUGGUCAUUUUUCUCUGACCCCAUCCAGAGGCAGAGGUAGUGGUGAAUCCUGGGGGAGUCUGCAUCUCUGAACUCGGGACUGGGUGGUCUUGGUCCUCAUACCAGGGCAUCUGACCAUGUCCGGUUGAGCAGUGGUGCGCUGCCCUUGCCAAGCACCUGCAUCAUCUGUUUUCUGCAUGUUUGCAUUUCAAUGGGAGGACAGAACCCUCCUCUGAAGCUGCAAAUGGUUGCGUCCCCUUCCCACAAGGAUAGCUUGGAAAAUUAAGAGCAUAGACUGGCGCCCCACUGUCUGGUGUUGACUUCUGGUUUCAGCACUGGCUAGCUGUGUGACUGACUGGGAGAGCUCACUUCAAUCCACCACCCCUCAGAUUCACCUGUAAAACAGUAGGAAUAACAGAGCCAACCUCAGGUUUAUGGUGACCUUAAGUAGAACUUGGCACAAGGAAGUGCUGCAUAAAUGGCCAUCGUUUUAUUAUUAGCCUAAGAAUCCCACACUUGGAGAAUAAAAUCCGUGUAGAAAAGCAAAAGGAUGAAUCCCAGAGUAAAGAUUUCAGGUCCAGCUGUAAAAGAACUUGGACGUCUAGAUCAGGGCUUACGUUCGGAAUUGUGUAGUCAGGGUCCUGGGAGGGCAGCAUUAGGAUGGAGGAGGUGGGGUCAGGACCAAAGGAUCUUCCUGAUGGAGAUGUCCUUAGGGAGUACAUGGGGUUAAGAAUAGAACUUUGAAGUGUCAGGGCCUAAGGGAUGUUUCCAUAUAACACAGGGGUCUGGAAAUGUUUCUGUCCAGACCAGUGUUUCUCAGCGUUGGCUCUAGGAUGUUUGGGGCUAGAUAGUUUUUUUGUUGGGUGGUGGGAGGGGGUGCUAUUCUGUGUAUUAUAGGAUGUUGUACAGCAACCCUGGGCUCUAUUUACCAUGUCAAUAGCACACCGCACCUCCCUCAGGCUUGUGACAAACAAAAAAAGUGUCUCCAGACACUGUCAGGUAUCCCCUGCAGAGGCAAAAUUACUCUGAUUGAGGGGACCGUGGUGCAGGUGCACCAUGGACAGACCUGAGGCAUGAUGAUAGGGAGAAGAGCAAGGGAUCCUGGAAAGGCAGGGAGGGAAGAGAUGAUAAAGGGAUAGCGUUCUGAGAUAAGAUGAUAAAGGGAUAGCGUUCUGAGAUGAGAAGAAAGGUGUCCAUGGCCUGCAGCCCAGGUAAGCUCUGAGAUGCGUUUAUUCAUUCAGCCAUCGAGCGCCUACCUUGGAUUGGGCGCUGUGCCAGUCUCUCAGCAAAACAGGCAAGGUUCUUACUUAGCUGGAGAUUGCAUUUAGUAGGAGUGGCAACAAUAAUGUCUAUAAUAGGUGCUGAUAGGUAUUUUGAAAAGUAAAGCAGGGUAAAAGGAUUACAGGGUGUUGGCAGGUGCUCUUUUCAGAGUCAAUAUCCAGGUUUCCCAUGGGCAUCUUGCUCAACUCCAGAGCCAGGAAUGGCCACCAGCAGUGACCCUUGGGAAUCCCUGGAUUAGCGAAUCGAAGAGUUUGACUUUGAUCUGAGCAAAGACUCUUCUCUUCCUUGAGGUCUGGACUUGAACAGAAACAGGUCAGAUCUCCAGCCCCGUGGUUGAGACUCUGAGACUCAGGCAUUAUUCUACACUGUGGCUUCACGUUACUGUCAACCUGGAAUGCUUUAUUUAAAAAACAAACAAGCAAGUGGCUCAGCCUCCAUCCCCAGAGAUGCUGAUUUAAUUGGUCUGGCAUAGCGUGCUGCCGUCAGCCGUCACUAUUGAUCAGAAAGCUCCCAAGAGAGUAGUGUACGCACACGGUUGAGAGCUACAGCUCAGUGCCUGCAGCCCAGGCUCCUUUGGGGCCUUUGGGAAUGAGACAAAUUGAUUUGGAGGAGUCAGGGGGAGGAUGCGAGUGACCUCUGCUUGGAUAUGUUGUCGGAAACAGUCCUCAGAGUAGGGGUGCUCCUAGCCCUAUCCUUUAAGUGAGGAAAUCUAAUCUGUUCCCAGGCAAAGUGGAGAAAUGGCAGGCGAGACAUGCAUGUGCACAGCCUGUGUUCUUCCCGUAACGGCUGUGCCGAGGUCUUUGGAGAUAUUGCCUACAUACGUCCCUGGCCUCUGGGGCUGGCAGGUUCAGACCGGGGGUGAUCUUUGAAUGUUUGACGGCUGGUACAGCAGAAGCUGACUGGCCCAAAGGAGACAACGAGGCUGUGGCAGUGCCUUUAAUGGCUGCUUUUCAGUAUAUCAGGACCUUCCCUCAAUUCAGUACCCAGCACAGCCCCGCAGGCUCAGAGGGGUGUCGGGGCAGGAGGGGAAAGCCCCUCAGUUAUUUGCCUCCAGGGAGGCCACAGCCACUCUCCAGUAACUCUUUCAAGCAUGUUCCUAUCCAGGUUCCAGCCAUCCUUACCUCAGGAGGACAUAGCUUCGUGCCUUUCAAAGCCCUUUCCCAUCUAUCGUCAGGGACUCAGAAGAUGAGCCAAGUUUAUAGCCCUGCCUUGAUGUGCACUGGAUAAGAAUUCUAUCCUCAGCCUUUUUAGUGGGCCUCAGUCUUCAUUGGUUUGACCCUUGAACAAUGUGAAAACUGCAGCAUGAAAGCUUUACAACUCUCUGGAACAAUUCAUUUUACUUAAGGAAUUGGAAGGGGAAAGCCAAGUGAUCUGCUUAUCUGUACCGGGGACAGCUGGACACCUAGUGGGUGCUCAGCAAAUGUCAAAUGGAUGGCCAGAGGUUUGUACAGUCCUCGUUUACCUCCUGAUCAAGAACCCGCUGUGAUCUCAGGCAUAAAAAGUGUUGGCCGUGCCCUUCCUGAACGUGAGAGGCCCUGCCUUACCAGCUCUCUGCCCCGCUCUGAGUGUGGACCCUCAAGCGGGAGGACGGGAUGCCUGCUGCACGGGGGAAGUCCAAAUCCAAGGCACCUAUAACAUUUGGGGACUUGGCCAUCUACUUCUCCCAGGAGGAGUGGGAGUGGCUGAGCCCCAUUCAGAAGGAUUUAUAUGAAGAUGUCAUGUUGGAGAACUACCGGAACCUGGUCUCGCUUGGUCUUUCCUUUCGGAGACCAAAUGUGAUCACCUUAUUGGAGAAAGGGAAAGCGCCCUGGAUGGUAGAGCCAGCAAGAAGACGCCGGGGUCCUGACUCGGGGUCUACGUUUGAGACCAAGAAGUUACCUCCAAAUCAAUGCUACAAAUCUGGGCAAAGCAUCUGCCAGAAAGCAGCUUCUGCACAACGAAAAGUUGCUCCACGAAAGAGGGGCUGCAGUCAGAAUUCAGUCCUCACGAAACCUGAGGAACGGCAUUCGGGGAAGAAACCUGUAAAAUGUAAUGACUGUGGGAAAACCUUUAGUCGAAGCUUCUCUCUCAAACUUCAUCAGAACGUUCAUACUGGAGAGAAGCCUUUUGAAUGCAGUAAUUGUAGAAGAGCUUUCAGACAGAUCUCAUCCCUCAUCCUUCAUCAGAGAAUUCACAGUGGAAAGAAAAGCCAUGAAUGCGACAAAUGUGGGGGCAGCUUCAAUCACAGAACGACUCUUACUCUGCAUAGGAGAAUGCAUGAUGGAAAGGAAACUGUUGCCUGUGGGAAGGCCCUGAGUCAAUGUCAGUCUUUCAGUACACAUCAGAAAACCCACAUCGUUGGGAACGUCUGCCAGUGCAGGAAGUGCGGGAAAGCCUUCAGUCACAUGUCAUCCCUCUUACUUCAUCAGAGAAUUCAUAAUGGAAAGAAAACUCAUAAAUAUAAUAAAUGUGGGAGAGGCUUCAAAAAGAAACCAGUCUUUGUUAUACAUAAAAGCAUUUAUGCUGGAGAGAAAACCCCUGAAAGUGUGAAGGCCUUAAGUCAGAGUCUACAGCAAAGAAGUCACCAUUUAGAGAAUCCUUAUAAAUGCAGGAAAUGUGGGAAAUUCUUUAACAGGAUUUCACCCCUUAUGCUUCACCAGAGAAUUCACACUUCAGAGAAACCAUACAAAUGUAAUAAAUGUGACAAGCUCUUCAGGCGGCUUUCAACCCUUAUUCUGCAUCUAAAAAUUCAUAAUGGAGAAAAACUAUACAAAUGCAAUAAAUGUGAGAAGGUCUGCAAUCGGCAUUCAUCCCUUAUUCAGCACCAGAAAGUUCAUACAAGGAAAAAGAAACUAUUUGAGUGUAAGGAAUGUGGGAAGAUGUUUUCUGGAACUGCAAACCUUAAAAUACAUCAGAACAUACAUUCUGAAGAGAAACCUUUCAAAUGCAAUAAAUGUAGUAAAGUUUUCGGCCGCCAGUCAUUUCUUAUUGAACAUCAAAGAAUUCAUACUGGAGAAAAGCCCUACCAGUGCGAGGAAUGUGGAAAAGCCUUCAGUCACCGAAUAUCUCUCACUCGACAUAAGAGAAUUCAUACUGAAGACAGACCCUAUGAAUGUGAUCAGUGUGGGAAGGCCUUCAGCCAGAGUGCACACCUUGCCCAGCAUGAAAGAAUUCACACUGGAGAGAAGCCAUAUACAUGCAAAACAUGUGGGAAAGCCUUCAGUCAGCGCACAUCUCUCAUUCUGCACGAAAGAAGUCAUACUGGAGAGAAACCCUAUGAAUGUAACGAAUGUGGGAAGGCCUUUAGUAGUGGGUCAGACCUCAUUCGACAUCAGAGGAGUCACUCUUCAGAGAAGCCGUAUGAAUGUAGUCAGUGUGGGAAGGCAUAUAGUCGGAGUUCAUCCCUGAUUCGACAUCAGAACACACAUUCUGAAGAAAAAGCCUAAAGUUGUUUUAAAUCUAUCGAAGAUAUGGCAAAUACGUCUUUGUCUAUAGUGUAAAUUUUGUGUAUAUGGGACCUUUUGAUGAUGUGUCCCACUUUGAAAGCCAAAGAGCAAAAGUCAUUGAUGACUUUGACCUCAGGAUUUGAAAUUAACUGAAGGAAACUCAGAAGUUGGGUCAGUCAUUGUGAAUGAAGAUCAUUUGUCAUUUGGUAAGAAUUACUGGCCAGGCGUGGUGGCUCACACCUGUAACCCAGCACUUUGCAAAGCUGAGGCGGGCGGAUCAUAAGGUCAGGAGUUCAAGACCAGUCUGGCCAACUGUUGAAAGACCAUCUCUAUUAAAAAAUACAAAAAUUAGAUGGGCGCAGUGGCGCGCACCUGUAAUUCCAGCUACUAGAGAGGCUGGGGCAGGAGAAUUGCUUGAACCCAGGAGGUGGAGGUUGCGGGCUGAGAUUGCGCCACUGCACUCCAGCCUGGGAGACAGAGCAAGACUCUGUGUCGUAAAUAACAAAUGAUGACUGACAUUUUACUUCCAACAUAGUUUUAAAGAUAAUUCAUUGGUCACAUAUAACAAAGUAGAAUUGUGAAGUCCAUUAUGGGGCCUUGAGCCUGAUUUAUGGUCACAGAAAAAAGAAUGUGAGUCUGUUUCUCAGAUCUAGAACUAUCAAAUAUAAGGAACUUCUUGACAAAACAGGGUGCUACUUUCAGCUGACACACUUGUGGGUGAAAUAAAGAAAAGUGAUACUCUUUAGGUAGAUAAAGGUAUCACUCAUAAUGCUGUACCAUCUCCAUGGACAUGAGGAUAUAUGAUCUUCAUGGUUUGAACAUCUAAUAUGGCUGAGGCAAGCCAACACUGAAAGAAGCAAGAUAUAGUGAAGAAGACUGGGCGUAGUGGCUCACACCUGUAAUCCCAGCACUUUGGGAUGCCAAGGUGGGCAGAUCACCUGAGGUCAGGAGUUCAAGACCAGCCUGACCAACGUGGAGAAACCCCAUCUCUACUAAAAAUACAAAAUUAGCCAGGAGUGGUGGCACAUGCCUAUAAUCCCAGCUACUUGGGAGACUGAGGCUGGAGAAUUGCUUGAACCUGGGAUGUGGAGGUUGCAGUGAGCUGAGGUUGUGCCACUGCACUCUACCCUGGACAAAAAGAGCAAAACUUUGUCUCAAAAAACAAACAAAAAGAUAUAAUGAAGAAUGAGGAUUUCAGAGCCAGGAGAAAUCAGUAUUGUUUUAUGUGGAAAUAAAUCAUCUAUAUUUAUAUGAAUAAACAUUGGUAUUUUCAUGUAACAAUACUGGUAAGCAAUAAGUGAUUGGUGUAGUAUGAGUUAUGGAGUGAAUGUUUGUGUCCUCCCCACAAAAAUGUAUUGUGUUAAAGUCCUAACCAUCAAUGCGAUAGUACUUGGACAUGAGGCAUUUGGGAGACAGGAUUAGAUGAGGCCAUAAGGGUAAAGCCCUCACGAUGGGAUUAGUGCCUUUAUAAGAGGAGACAUCAGAAAGCCUGCUUCCUCUCUGCUCCGUGUGAGGGUGCAGCAAGAAACCAGCUGUCUACAAAACAGGAAGAUAGCCCUAAGACUUUAACCAUGCUGGCACCCUGUUCUCAGACUUCCAGGCUUUACAACUGUGAGAAGUCAAUCACUGCUUAAGCCACCCAGUCUGUGACGUUGUGUUAUGGCAGCCCAAGGUAAUACAUUUAGGGGAAACUCUAGAUUUAUAUACUGGGUUCUUUACCUGUCAGCAGUUCAACAUGUGUAGUAGCUUUCAGUCUCUCUUUCCUGUUUGUGCAAAAUACAUAAGAAAUAAAAUCGGAGCUCUUUUUUGUAAUUGGAUCAUA